UUACGAGCACCGGUCACCAAAUUAGAAAUUGAUCGAACGAGAAUCGACCAUCGGGUCAAGGCGAAGAAAGACGCAUCAACUUUUCCUCUCCUGCGCUCUCUCCGGCGACGACGAGAUGAUCCGGUUCAUACUGCUCCAAAACCGGCAGGGCAAGACGCGGCUGGCCAAGUACUACAUCCCCCUCGAGGAAUCUGAGAAGCACAAGGUCGAAUACGAGGUUCAUCGGCUGGUAGUCAACAGGGAUCCCAAAUACACCAAUUUUGUCGAGUUCCGCACGCACAAAGUUAUUUACAGAAGAUAUGCAGGACUCUUCUUUUCAAUGUGUGUUGAUAUCACUGAUAAUGAGUUAGCAUACUUGGAGUGCAUCCAUUUAUUUGUGGAGAUUCUUGAUCAUUUCUUCAGCAAUGUCUGUGAGCUUGAUUUGGUAUUCAACUUCCAUAAGGUAUAUCUCAUAUUGGAUGAGUUUAUUCUGGCUGGGGAGAUUCAAGAGACGAGCAAGAGGGCAAUUAUUGAGAGAAUGGGAGAGUUGGAAAAGCAAGAAUAAGAAUUUGGUUCGUGAAAUCGGGGCCCCAAAGCUUCGGUUUUGUACCUUCAUUAAUUAGUUCAUGCCAGAGGACAGUAAUUUUUUUGCUAGUUUGUGCUAUAAGAUACUACAUGCCUGUUUAUCGUCACCUAUUAUUGGAGAAUAAUAGUCCCUUCGUACGGUGGACUAUGAUAUGCCCAUGCAGCAAGUACUGUAGUUGUUGCCCCUUUGGAUUGAUUAGUGUCAAAUGUUUGAAGUGUGCCUCUUGAACCCGUUUGUAUUUUAUCAGUCAAAAUGUUGCUCCAAAUGCUGAUGCGUCGUUUCUUUUGCAA